AUGUCUAAAUUAGUUAAACAAGUUCAAUUCGGUAACACUGGGAUUAAAAUCUCACCAUUAAUCGUUGGUUGUAUGUCAUAUGGUUCCAAAGCUUGGGCUCAAUGGGUUGAAGAUGACAAGGAAAAAAUUUUCCAAAUCUUUAAGCAUUGUUACGAUAUUGGGUUCCGUACUUUCGAUACCGCUGAUGUCUAUUCCAAUGGUAAAAGUGAAAGAUUGUUGGGUGAAUUUUUAAGAAAAUUCGAGAUUAGAAGAGAAACAGUGGUCAUUUUGACAAAGACCUAUUUCCGAGUGGAUGAAACAUUAGAUUUACCCCUGGGUGAAUUUCCACAUUCUGAAAAUGACGUUUUGGACUUAGUUAAUCAACAAGGUUUAUCUCGUAAACAUAUUUUAGACUCUGUUAAAAACUCGGUGGGAAGAUUAGGUACUUAUAUUGAUGUUUUACAAAUUCAUAGAUUUGAUCCAACUACGCCAAUUAAGGAAACCAUGAAGGCAUUGAAUGACGUUGUCGAAAAUGGUGAUGUUAGGUACAUUGGUGCCUCUUCCAUGUUACCAACUGAGUUUGUUGAAAUGCAAGCAAUAGCUGAUAAGUACGAUUGGUUCCAAUUCGUUAACGUUCAAUCUCAAUAUAAUUUGUUAUACAGAGAGGAUGAACGUGAUUUGAUGAAAUAUUGUAAGAAACAUAACAUUGCCUUAACUCCAUGGUCACCAAAUUAUCAAGGUUUGUUAACCAGACCCGUCGGUGUUGAAUCAACUAGAUCUAAGACGGAUAAAGUCAUCGAUGCUUGGCACCUUAAAAAUUUAGAUCCUGCACAAAAGGAGAUCAUUAAUCGUGUUGAAGAGUUGUCCAAAAAGAAGGGUGUUGCAAUGGCUGCAAUUUCAACAGCAUGGGUUAUGGCAAAGGGUUGUCAACCAAUUCUCGGAAUGUCUUCGAUCAAAAGGGUUGAUGAAGCAAAGGAUGCUUUGGAUGUUAAGUUUACAGAAGAAGAGUUGGCUUAUUUAGAAGAACCUUAUAAACCUAGGGAAUUUAUGAUCUAA